UCGCGGGGUUUACACGCGCUAUGGCGGAUGACGACGGAGCAGUAAACAACACCGUCCCCCCGGCGGCCAAACGGGCCUGCACGGAGAAGAUAAAGGUGCUGGUUACGGGAGGAACGGGGCUUGUAGGCCGCGCUCUCGAGAGUCACGUGAUCUCCGACCCCCAGCCCAACGAAGAAUGGAUAUUCCUUAGCUCCAAAGACGGCGACCUGCGCGAUAUGGCACAGGCUAGACGAGUGUUUGAGCUGCACAGACCCACCCAUGUCGCCCACCUGGCUGCCAUGGUGGGAGGACUCUUCAAAAACAUGAAGUACAAACUUGACUUUUUGAGGGAGAACCUAUUGAUGAAUGACUGUGUGUUGGAGUGUUGUCGGGAGUUCGGGGUGUCUCGCUGCGUCUCCUGUCUCUCUACCUGCAUAUUUCCCGACAAGACCACUUACCCCAUCGACGAAACGAUGAUUCACAAUGGACCGCCGCACGACUCAAACUUUGGAUAUGCGUACGCCAAGCGAUUGAUUGACAUCCAAAACAGAGCCUACCACGAACAGUACGGCUGCAUGUUCACAAGCGUCAUUCCCACUAACAUAUUUGGUCCUCACGACAACUUCAACCUUCAAGACAGUCACGUGAUACCUGGCCUCAUCCACAAAUGCUACAUCGCUAAACAGAAAGAUGAACCUCUAACAGUGCUUGGGACGGGGUCUCCUCUGAGGCAGUUUAUCUACUCCAAGGAUUUGGCUCGGCUCUCUCUGUGGGUACUGAGGGAGUACCACGAAAUCGAUCCCAUCAUACUCUCAGUGGGAGAGGAGGAUGAGGUAUCGAUCAGAGAGGUGGCGUUGAUGAUCAACAAAGCUAUGGGAAUGAAGCAGGGCAUACAGUUCGACGGUAGUAAGUCAGACGGUCAGUUGAAAAAGACGGCGAGCAACUCAAAACUGAGAAAAUAUCUCCCCGAUUUCAAGUUCACUCCGAUUCAACAAGCUAUAGAUGAAACUGUUCAGUGGUUUUGUGAGAACUACGACACAGCAAGAAAAUGACUCUCAAGAACACAAAUCCUCCGAUUCGUUCCUUUUCUUCGCCAAAUGUCUCUAUCAUUCUAAAUUUUGUUGGGAUAAAAUUGAUACCUGUUCUAUAAAUGCCACAUAAUAAUACAGUAGAAACGAUGAGAACUGACACGCAAACAACAAAAGUGUUUAUCAAAUUUGGAACCGGGCUUGUGAUGUGAUAAAUAUAACUGAUCACGGUGUGGCAAUUGUGGUUAAUUGAAUCUGAUUGUGGUUGGGUCCUUGCGGUCUCGUUCUGCUAUGUGUCGGAGAACGUCCUUCUUGGUUAUGAUGCCCAGGAGCCGCCCGUUGUGUGAGACUAGGACCUGUCGCAGUCCCAUCUUUCUGAACAUCUCCACAACUGUCUCCAUGGGGGUCUGGUCGGAGAUCUGGAAGGGGGAGGGGUCCAUGAGGCCGCGGAAGUUGACGGAGGGAACGGUGCUCUCGAGCAGCUGCUGGUUGACUCUGCGGGUGGAGUCGAUGAAGAAGACUCUGGACUCGCGUGUGGUGCCUUCUCUUCUGUGGGUCACCUGGUCUGAGAACGAAGGUGAUAUCUUUCCUGGUGAGGAACCCGGCGAGGAGCUGGGAGGUGGAGUCAAGAACACAGGGAAAUCCGAAAUAGUCUGUCUCGCUGACGAGAUCCUGCAGAACCCCCACCGCUACUGUGGACAGGUCCACGAUUGAGAGUGGGGCGUCGUUUCUUCGUGGUCUCAUGACGUCGCAGGCCAACGUGUUGUGGGUGAACUCUCGUUUGCUGUCCAGAAAUGGGUAGCCAUAGAGAUGAAUGUGUCCGUCGUAGCUGGAGAGGUCAGUAGGUCAAGGAACUAACACAGAUGAAAGAACAGAGCACGCUUAAGACUCAGUGAAUAAAAUUGACUAAAGAAAGCAGUUUUUUUUUCAAGGCACCUUC